UAAAAUAGCAUAAUCUUGGUAUAUCAAAUAGUAAUGAACUCAAUAUACAUAUGUAAAUAUCUUAAGCAAGUAUGAUAGACAUAGUAAUCGAUCCACCUUAAUUUGGUAUAGGAACUGUAUUUAAAUAGUAAUGUGAAUUAAUUAUUUGAAAUAAUGAAAUGAAUAUGAUAAGUACUGAGUAGAUUUACACUUAUAAAGUAUAUUGUGAAUUGUUAAAUAUUAAUAGUUUUAUUGUUUCUUCAGUCAAUUAACAAUCCUUGUCAAAAUCACUAUAAAUAUUAAGAUUUUUUGAAUUUUAGUAUUUUUCAAUUUCUAAAUAAAGAGUGGCUUAACAUUAAAAUGGUGUGUGAUUUCUAUUAUUUUAAAUAGUAAUUUCAAUUAAGACAUUUUUCCAUGUCAAUCGACUAAAUAGUAAUAAUUUAUAGAUACUUUUGGACUGAAUCAAAGUUAUAGGAACUGUUACUCAAUGAAUAAGUCAAUCUGAAGAAAUGAGGCUCUCUUUAAUUAUUAUUCUGUCUUGGGUAAACUUGCAAUAAUAAAUUUUAGUUAUCAAAAACUAUAUUUAAAUAAACUAGGUGUUCUGAGCUUGCUGUCCAAUAACCAAUUAUUAACUAAUCCUCAUUUUCAAUCAAAU